AUGGUAAAGUGGCUGGGAACAGGACGGGGGGAGAGACGGCAGGCGGAGGGAGGAGGAGGGAGGAGGGAGGGAACUCAGUCGUAUUGUGUUCUAUUAUCGAGGGAGAUUAGCGCGGACCGCGAACGGCAAGGUCGUACAUCACACACACCGAAAUAUUUAGGUAAGGGUGAAUCCGGUCUGUGGGGUCCUGGGGUCCUGGGGCACCCUGGGGGUGGCUGGGGGCGGCCAGUCCUUUUUAAGUGCCGAAGGCAUUGUUCCAUUCGAUUAAAUGCUGAGAUGGAAGUCUUCGCACGGCUGCUCACCUCACCUCACCUCACCUCACCUCACCUCACCUCACCUCACCUCACCUCACCUCACCUCACCUCAUCUCCGCCUCAUCUCAAACUGACGUCACUCCAACUCACCAGCUGUUGUCAUCCAAACCUCACAAGUCCAUUUGAAUAA